ACUACAACCUCACACCUAUCUGUUACCAGAAAACAUUAAACAUGAAGACAGUCUUGGCAUUUGUUUUGUUUCUUCAUCUGUUAAGAUUCAUCAGCUGUGUUUUGGAUCGUAGCCAGUUUCCUCAAUCGUUCCUUUUUGGAACUGCUACAUCUUCUUAUCAGAUUGAAGGUGCCUACCUAGAAGGAAACAAAAGCCUCAGCAAUUGGGAUGUGUUCACUCACAUACCAGGAAAAAUAAAGGAUGGAAGUAAUGGAGAUGUGGCAGAUGAUCAUUACCAUCGUUACAUGCAAGAUAUAGAAUUAAUGCAUCAACUUGGAGUGAAUUCCUACAGAUUCUCUAUUUCAUGGUCAAGAGUCCUGCCAAGAGGCAGAUUUGGGGAGGUUAAUUCUGAAGGAAUUGAAUUUUAUGACAAACUUAUAAAUGCUCUCUUGCUCAAGGGGAUACAACCAUUUGUUACAUUAAAUCACUAUGACAUCCCUCAAGAACUUGAAGACCGAUAUGGAGCAUGGCUGAAUGCACAAAUACAGCAAGACUUUGGAUAUUUUGCGGAGGUAUGCUUCAAAGCUUUUGGUGAUAGAGUGAAGUAUUGGAGCACAUUCAAUGAGCCAAACAUCAUGGUGACAUAUGGUUACUUAUUUGGAAAAUACCCACCUUCCCAUUGUUCCAAUCCCUUUGGUGAUUGUCGGUCUGGGGACUCUGCAUUGGAGCCAUUCAUUGCUACACACAAUGUAAUAUUAUCCCAUGCCACUGCCGCUGAAAUCUACAGGAAAAAAUAUCAGGUUAAACAAGGAGGAAAGAUUGGGAUAGUGAUGUGCUCCUCCUGGUACGAGCCACUUAGAGAUACCCCAACAGAUAAUUUCGCAGUUCAACGAGCUCUAGCCUUUGACACCGCCUGGUUCUUGGAUCCUAUAAUUUAUGGUGAGUAUCCUCCUGAAAUGCGCCAAAUUUUGGGUUCUAGAUUACCAACAUUUUCAUUGGAGGAUAAGAAGAAGUUAGGGAACAAGCUGGAUUUCAUUGGAGUUAACCAUUAUACUACACUCUAUGUAAAAGACUGCAUGUUUUCUCAAUGUGAAUCUAGUACCUCUUUAGGGGAAGCUUCCGUUUACAUUACUGGAGAAAAAGAUGGCCACCCUAUUGGACACCCGACAGCAAUGCCAUCAUUAUAUGUUGUUCCAUAUGGUAUGGAGAAAAUUAUCAUGUACUUCAAAGAAAGAUAUAACAAUAUACCAAUGUUCAUCACAGAAAAUGGGUAUGCACAAGCAAGUAAUCCCAAUACUUCUAAGAGAGACAUACUUAAUGACAAUGGGAGAGUAGAAUACCUCAAAAGUUACUUGGCUUCCGUAAAUUUGGCAAUGAAGCAUGGAGCCGAUGUGAGGGGUUACUUCAUAUGGUCUCUUAUUGACAACUUCGAGUGGCUAUAUGGAUACACACUGAGAUUUGGGAUUUAUUAUGUUGAUUACAACACAUUAGAGAGAACACCCAAACUUUCUGCUAUGUGGUACAAGCAAUUCUUGGCCGGCCGAGAGAAGAUAUUAACACAGAAAGGCAGUGGCUUUGAAUUCCGACGGCACCUACCCUUUUAGCUUAUCUUCUUUACAUCCAGUUAUCAUACAUGUUGUUGAAUAAAUGGUGUAUUGUACCCAAAAUGAUAUACAUGUUGUCAUCAAUGUUUUAUAAGUAUUAUUUUAUUAU